AUAUCCUGACAAGGGCUUUGAUGAUAAUUACUGCCGCAAUCCUGAUGGCAAGCUGCGACCGUGGUGCUACACUCUUGACCCUAACACCCCUUGGGAGUUCUGUGCAAUUAAAACGUGUGAUGAAAACUUCAUGAACAGCACAGAGGUGGCAGCUGAGACGUCAACUUGCGUUCAGGGACAGGGUGAGGGUUACCGCGGCACGGUCAACACAAUAUGGAGUGGAAUCCAAUGCCAGCGGUGGGACUCCCAGUUUCCUCACAAACACAACAUUACUCCAGAGAACUUCAAGUGCAAGGAUUUGAGGGAGAACUACUGCCGAAAUCCAGAUGGAUCUGAAUCACCCUGGUGUUUUACUACUGACCCAAACAUCCGGAUUGGUUAUUGCUCCCAGAUUCCUAAAUGUGAUGUAUCAAAUGAACAAGAUUGUUAUCGUGGUAAUGGCAAGAGUUACAUGGGGAAUCUAUCCAAGACAAGAUUUGGACUAACUUGCUCCACAUGGGACAAGAAUAUUGAAGACCUACGUAGGCAUAUACAAAUAUUCAGAGAACCAGAUGUUAGUAAACUGAAGAAAAACUAUUGCCGCAAUCCAGAUGAUGAUUUUCAUGGUCCCUGGUGUUACACAGAUGAUCCUCUCGUUCCCUGGGAUUACUGCCCUAUUUCUCGAUGUGAAGGUGAUACAACUCCUACUACAGCCAGCUUGGAUG